CGGCCCGGCGGGCGGGGCGGCGGCGGCGGCGGCGGCGGCGCGGGGUAAAGCGGCGCCGCGCGGGGGCCGGGCUCAGUCUGGGCGCCCGCUGGCUGCGCUGCGCUGCGCUGCGCGGGGCGGCGCCGGCCCGCCGCCUCGAUGCCCUGCGCGGCUCCCCGGGGACGGUCCCGCCGAUGGGGCAGCCGCCCCGCGCCCUGAGGCCCUGCCGGCGCCGCGGGGACGCGCGCUAGGGCGGAUCCUUCCCGCCCCCGGCUGGGGGGAUUUGGCAUGUGGCGGAGGCACCGCAGGCGGCCGUGGUGCUGAGAGAGCUGAGAUUGUGGUGACAACAGGUUUCUUCCCUCUGGACCUGAGAAGGUCUCCCGUCAUGUUGAAAUGAGUUGCUUGCAGUGGCCUACGAGCACUGCGUUGUAGCCUGGCACCGAACCGAAUACGAGGCCUACCCAGCACUCGGCCAGCAAGGGAAGUGCUUGGAAAGAUGAAGAGCUGUCUGCUGGCAUAACAGGAAGCUUUUGUUUUUUAAACCUUGUGAAGUUUCAUGUGACGGCAAAACCAUUUCCUGCCUACUUUUUCACAAAAAAACACACAACCAAGAGUGAAAGGCUAUCAGCCCUCAAGUUUCUAGCCAAACGGGCAAGUGCCUGUGCAUCACCAUGGCAACCAAACAGCCCCCACCACUGAUGAAGAAGCACAGCCAGACAGACCUGGUGAGCCGGCUCAAGACACGGAAGAUCUUGGGGGUUGGUGGAGAAGAUGAUGAUGGGGAGGUUCAUAGGUCAAAGAUUAGUCAAGUCCUGGGAAAUGAAAUAAAGUUUGCUGUCCGGGAACCACUGGGACUCAGAGUCUGGCAGCUGAUUUCCGCCGUCAUGUUUUCAGGAGUCGCCAUCAUGGCGCUUGCUUUCCCGGACCAGCUCUACGAUGCGGUCUUUGACGAGGAGCCGGUGAGCAGCAAGACACCCGUGCGGCUCUACGGGGGAGCCCUGCUCAGUAUCUCCCUCAUCAUGUGGAACGCCCUGUACACGGCCGAGAAGGUCAUUAUCCGCUGGACCCUGCUCACGGAGGCCUGCUACUUCGCCGUGCAGUUCCUGGUUACCACUGUCUCCCUGGUUGAGAGUAGCCGGAUAGCCACAGGUGCUGUGCUCCUCCUGGUCAGCCGAGCCCUCUUCAUCCUCAUCAGCAUUUAUUAUUAUUACCAAGUUGGACGCCGUCCCAAGAAAGUCUAAUUCCUGGGCUUUCAGUCAUGGGAAGGGGGGGGGGGGUUUGUGUCGGUAAUUUUGCAUUAUAAUUAUAACUUUUUUUUGUUAGUUCCUUUUUGUUCUAAAGUGGUUUCCUUCUUUUCCAUUUACCGGCAUGAAUCAGCGUGUAACUGGUGCUGGUGGCAUUACCAGGUGAAGUGCGGGAAGAGCUGUCAUGCAGGUCCCCCCACAAACCCUUCUGGAGGACGCAAGCAAACAGCGUGAGGAAGGCUCAGGGAGGCGUACAGGCCUGGCAGGCUCAGGGAAAAGAGCUGGUUUCCCAGGGGAAACUGGCCGAUGGGAACCACAGGCUCUGAAACCUUUUGAACAAAGCACAAAAAUCAGAACAGCACAUUGAAACCAAAUCCCUGAAGGGAAAGGGAGUUGAGGCAACUUGUGAUGGACUCGGCUACUCCCCUUGGUAAGUCUUGCACCUGCCUGUUAAGAGUAUCCUCACAUUUACAGCAAGGUCCUCUUUUAGCAAGUACAGUUCAGGUACCUGGGAGUUGGCCAGGAUUAGUUCUAGUUCAGUGCUGCAUUUGAAAUCACAAACCGCUGUUCUUUCCUUGCUGCCAGAGGUGCCAACCCAUAUUUAUUUUUGUACCCGAUGCUGGGCAGAGCUUGGCAGGAGAUAUGGCAAAAGAAGAGCAAGACUCCUUAGUCAUUCCCUUUGCAGGGAUAGCACAGGGAACAAUGGAGCAUUUUUGAUUGUAAUAUGAGAGAAGUGAAGGAAACUAUUGGGAAAAUAGCCUGCGGAGCAUAAUGAAAUCUCCUUGUUUCGGCUGUUUCAUGAAGUGUCUAAGUUGGGCUCCUGUCCCCUUCACCCCACCAUGUUUCCUACAGGUGUGGCUUCUGUGGUGGUAGCAGUAGUGGUAGCUGUGAUGUAGAGCAUCAUCUGAUGCAUUAGCUAAUUUGGGUGCUGUGUGUCUAACUUGCUGUGGGUAGCUAUAGCGAGUGAGGUGUGAGUGACAAUGCAGGAGCAGUGUGAAGCAUCUGGUGAGAUGAGUCCCAGAUGUGGGAGCUGUGUUCUAGCUCAGCUAAUACACAGGAAUUACACUUCCUUUGACUGGGGGGGGGGGGGGGGGGGAGAAAGGACCAAAGUUUCAAGUGCUAGAUACUACUUAUCGGGGCUGAAGAAGGGCAAGGAGGAGAAUGUGUGAAGGCAUUACUGCCUUCUCCAGAUCAAUCAAGGAACGACUAAAAGUACAUUAGUACUUGUUGGCCAGUUCCCCCAACACGUAUUGGGGUAACCAGCGUUGGUUCCCCCUACUUCCUAGCUAUUUCCUUGCAGCGUAUUCCUGGCCAUAGCUGCAGGCUACAUUGUUCUUCUGUAUGGGCCUAAAAGCUGAAAGCCUGUGUGUAGGAGUCGGACCUUUUUAUUCAUGCACUAUCUUUGGCUGGAUCAAAGUGUGCCCUGGCGUAGACUAAUUCCCAGAAUCGCAGUAGAAAGAUGCCUACUCAGUCAGAUCUGCUUGGGUGAACAACAGACAUCAAGCAACUGAUGACAUUGGGAUCUAGGGCUAUUGCUGUUAAAUAUCGUAGUAUAGUUAGUGGGUAGUUACUGUAUGUUGUUUGUUAGUGCUCUUGGCGUUUAGAAGCAGCUGCAUAAAUUUAAGACACUGUGUGCACAGCACUUACUGGCCAUGCAAAAUGCAUGUCAGGUAGGAACAUUGAAAAUACUUGAACCAAGAAAUAUUGCCAUUGUAACUUUUUUUUUUUUAAGAACUGAAUCUGGUGCAGAGGCAACAUUCAACAUCAGGCUAAAUGCUAGAGCCUCCCCACACAUGCCUCCCAAGCUGCUUUCAAAGCAUCCAAAAUAUGAUAGAAAACAACUAAAAAUUAAUCUUUAAGAUGGGCCUACCUGUUUAGGUGGAAGAGUCAGGCUCUAGGAGGGAAACCUUUAUUCCCUGUGAGUCAAGAAAUGGUCAAGUGUAGCCCGGCGACCAGCACAAACCAAAGCAACCUGUGCUGCAUGGGCAGCUGGAAGGUGGCAGGCUGUGGCUCUUGCGCUCAUUGCACGCAGCAGCUGCAGUGGCACAGUUAUGCACAGCUUCAAUGCAGCGCUUCAGCCGUAGUUGUUGGUAUAGGUAAGUGAUGCUUGAGUCUUUAUGAUUUGGGGAGGUCAGGCAAAUGUGUUCACAGACUGGUAAGUGGUGGUUAGGGGGGUGGAGGGGACAGAGAGGAGACUGUUUAUAGGAAAGCUGAGCAAAACUAACCAUUGCAAAGGCAGGCUUAUAGAGAGAGAGGAAAUGGAGGGUCAUCUUCAUGAUGCCCUUUUCUACCAUAGAACUUAUUACACCAUGACUUUGAAUCUGCAGUUGGCUGACUGAUUAGGUACCUUUAAAGUGAUGUCCAGGAGGUGAGACACGUGUUCUCACACUGUGGGAGAGCAGUUCUCUGAAGACUCAUUGAUGGUAAAAUCAGGGAUGUGUGUGUGUUUGAGGUGGGGCCGGGGGGGGGGGGUAAGUCUUUCUAAAGCAGUUUUAAAUCAAGUGAGGUCAGUUUCCUCUUUGGUCCCCUGCUUAGCAGCUGUCUCUGCAAAACUUAAAACAGUCAGCCACCUCUAGCUGAUGGUACUGCUAGUUUUGUUAUCUGAUGUCUUCUGCUCCAACACAGAACAGAGCCUGGGGGUGGCCUCCAAGGGAUUUGAGGCUAAUCAGUACUUAGCCCCAGAAGGGGAGAGAUGAAGUUCUCUUAUUUUUCCUGCUUGUUGCUGCAGCUUGCCCUAAUAGGACUGUUUUUUACAAACUGUAUGGAAAUGGACUGGGGCUGAUGUUCAGGACCAUCUCUUACAAAGAAAUGGGACAGGGCAGAUGGAUGCCCCUGUCUGACAACUGCUAGAGGAAGGCUUUGAUGCCUUUCCUCUAGCAGUACCUCACUGAUGAAACAGAGCUGAGGCAGCUGAUGCAGGUAGAUUUGUAGCAGGUGAGGGCUGGGAGGGAGUUUGCAAGGCCACUUGAGGCUGGAGCUGAGGCAGAGUACCUGCAGCACUCCCAGAAACUAGCUGUGGGUCUGUCUUCACUCCACUAUGGAUGAGGAACAUGCCUAAGGAUGGAAAGUUAGGAUCACAGCUGCAGGUGGUAGCUGAGCAUGUAGUUUGGGAUCAAAAGCCUGAGGCAUCUCUUCAGGCUCUUGUACUGAUCUGCUGUGAGAAAAAUCCCUUCAUCUCCAUUGGUCUCAGUUUCCUUAUUCGUUAAACUGUGGGGGAAGAUCGUGGACUGUCGUCGUCUCCCCUGGGAAGCAGUUUUGCCAAGAAUUACCACUUGCAUUUGUAUAGUAUUGUGCAGGGGGGAAAGCCAGGUUUCCCCAGAAGGCCGUGCUCUGAGCAGGCACAGGCCUGGACUCGGGUGGACCCCUUUCUCAGCAUGAGGCAGACCCAAAGCCUUGCAUUUGUAGAGCCUUCACCUUUUGAGGGCGAAGCAAGCUGAUCAUUCCCAUAACUCUCUACAUUGCCUUAUUUAGGCCUACAUACCAAUAUCUGGCAAACUGGAGCUGGUGAUGAGAGAGGCUCUAUCCGUCCUAAGCUAGCCUCUCCUUUCUGGUCUAGGUUUUUUACUUGAGGGGUGGUUGUGGGGUGAGGGCGGGUGAUGGGCUGACAAUACACUUCAGUUUAUACCUCAUUUUAGCUGCUGUACCUGAGUUUAUUCUUCCUCCUCUCGUAAAAAAGUGACUGUACUUAAACACCAAACAAAUAGUGAAAAAUUAAAGAUGUUUCACUUCACUGUCACAA